AUGUUGUUGAGAAGGACCGACACUGACGCAACGUCGGCGGCGCGGGAUGUCGGUGGACAGCUGCACCGAAACAGUCAAAUCGCCGACUCUCAACGACCACUGACAUGCAUGUUUUACUUUUUUGCUUCCCAGAUGAAGCGCAACAUUCAACCAGCAGACCGAGAUCUCGUCCAGAGAGGAAGACUCCCCGAUGAGCCAACCCAUAAAUUGGACACCAUGGUCGCCCGUUUACGCAUGCAGGCAGCGUUUUCACCGCAUGUCACAAAGUUCGAGACGUAUCCUGUCGAGAUUCCUGACCCUGCCCCGACGUGGCUGAAACGUGAGGCGCGGCCGUCACCCGAAGAGAUCCAUGACACUGUGAUGUUGAUGAAGUUCCGGAAUAAGCGUGCCAGAGAGGAGUGGAUCGCGACCAAGGAGUGGCAGGAGUUCAUGACCAAGACCGAAGGAGAGCAGGUCUUUCGCAGGAUGCCUCAUGUCCGAUGUGCCAGUAGCUUGAGGGGCUUGAUGGAUCCUGUAGAUAUCUUGACCGCCUGA